AUGUUGGGAGCUUUGGAAUUGGAUCGUCAAAUGAAACGAAAAUUGGAAUCCACUAAUUACUCAAUACUAUAGAAUUUUGAUGUAUUUCAACACCCAUAUUGCACAAGACCUCAUAAACACUAUUCGGAUGUUGAGUAAUUGAAGAAAUUCUUAUAGCACAUACCAUAUCUUAAGGAAAUCACUGAAGGCAUGUCAAUGAGGUUGGUUGAGAAGAUCAUUCAUCAAUUAUCAUUAAAAUUCCUACCUGCUAAUUGUUAAUGUGAUUCUUAAUUUCAGAUCAUGUUGAGUGGAGAAAUCCAAAUCGGCCAAAGAACCUUUGUGUAGACUGACACCAUAAAUGAAGUUGGUUCCGUUUUAAGAGAUUCUUGGGUUCUCAUUUUAAGUAAUGAGGGAUAUAAUGACCUUAUCAGGGAAUACCAUGAAAAUCUGAUGGCUCACAAAUUGCAUCUCAUACAACAAUACUCAGUUUUCAACAAAAUAAGCAUUCAAAGACUAAAAAAUCAAUUGGAUUAAUUUAAACAAGAAUAAGCAACCAACAAUACAAUUCUAUAUCAGGAGAAACAACCAGUCGAUUCAUUCUACUUAGUAGUGUAGGGGGAAGUCAAAUUGGUACAAGAAGAAAUUGAAUUGUAAUUAUUGGGACCAAAAAGUGUGUUUGGAGAAAUGGAAUUGGUGGAGGGAAAUGAAUUUAGAUAUCAUAAGGCUGUGGUUACAUAACAAAUUUCCUAUUACAGAAUAGGUUAUCAUCAAUUGAAGAUUCUCUUAAAUUCCAGUGGUCUGUAUGAAACAUUUUGUUAGAAUUAUCACAUCAAAGCGUAGUUUUGGAAGGCAAGAAAGUAGUAAUGCAAAAAAGAAGUGAUUAUCCCUAUUGAUUACUCUGAAUUCAAGUAUGACAUUCCUAAGACAUAUCACAAUUAUCUCUCGGCUUCCAAAUUGUUGAAAUAUGCAAAGUAGAACACUUCUAAUCCUGAAGAUGAUUACAAAGAAACCAAAGAAGAUAAAUUGCUUGAAUCAUACAAAAAAUUCAAUCAUCAAAUCAAAUUGAAUUUUAAGCAAAAUCAUUUAUUGAGAAAGGUUUUGAUUUAAGCUAAACAAACUAAUCAUGACUUGCCCAUCAUGAAAGGAUUGCAAUUAGAAAGGUAUCUUCCCAAAAAUCAUUUUACACAUAAAAAGUCUUUGAAAAUUAUUAGUCAAUUCAACGAGACUGCCUAUCAAAGAUUUGUUUCAGAUAUAGAAUCAUAUCCUUCAACAACCACCUUUGUUAAAGGAUCUCGAUUAUUCAGUGCAGCAAGCAGAUUACAAUCACCUGCAAGUAGAUUAUAAUCAGCAGCUCCAAAAUUAUUUACAAGUCCUUCAAAAUUACAAUAAUUUAGACCAAUAACGGCAAUUAAAAGAUCUAUUAGCAAUGGACCUUAAUGA